GUUCUAUUUUCAGCUGAUGUCCACUUUGAGCAAAAAAGGACGAGGCAAACAUACACCAGAUACCAAACAUUAGAAUUAGAAAAAGAGUUUCAUUUUAACCGUUAUCUUACUAGAAGACGAAGAAUUGAAGUGGCUCAUAUGCUUGGUUUAACAGAACGACAAAUAAAAAUUUGGUUUCAAAAUCGGAGAAUGAAAUGGAAAAAGGAAAAUAAUGUUUCUAAGCUAACCGGCCCUGACAAGAGUUUAAAAGAC